AUUUGCAAGUGUCCAUGUCGGGUUCACUCGGCGAGACGAUGAGCGAUGGCAAUAGAAAACAAAAGCGCCGGCGGUGAGGAUUUCGACUCGGUCUUUUUCGACUCCCUGGAGCUGUCGUCGCCGUGCCGAGUCUUUAAAAUCAUCGUCAUCGGAGACACCAACGUUGGGAAGACGUGUUUGACGUCCAGGUUCUGCGGCGGCUCUUUUCUGAACAACCCCGAGGCGACCAUCGGCGUUGACUUCAGGGAGAGGACGCUGGAGCUCCAUGGAGAAGUCGUUAAGUUGCAGAUCUGGGACACGGCAGGCCAGGAGCGUUUCAGGAAGAGCAUGGUGGAGCACUACUACCGCAGCGCGCACGCCGUCAUCUUCGUGUACGACGUCACCAGCCUGGCCACCUUCCAGAGCGUCCCCGACUGGAUCGAGGAGUGCGGCCGUCACGCCGUGGGGGCGCUGGCGCCACGCGUGGUGGUGGGCAACAAGUGCGACCUGCGGGACCGCCGCGAGGUGCCCACGUCGGCCGCGCAGCGCCUGGCCGACGCGCACGACAUGCCCCUCUUCGAGACGUCGGCCAAGGACCCCGCCGAGAAGGAGCACGUGGACGCCAUUUUCCUGACGCUGGCCUACAGGCUCAAGAGCUGCAAACCUCUGAGACUGAAGGCGCCCUCGGAGAGCGACGUCGGGCAUCUGUGGAAAGCCAGACAGCAGGAAGCGCUAACCUGUCGGUGCUGAUCGUGUUAGCCUCCAAACACAAGCUUCCUGUGACACUUCACAAACGGAGGGACACGUUUGCACUAUAUUUCUAUGAAAUGCCUGCACAAAUAUAUAGGCGUGGCAAAUAUUUGUUUUAGCUUACAAAAGUACAAUUGGGCGCACUUGAUUGUUUUACAGUUGAACCUCCAAAGUUGAGCACAAUCGUGACAUGAUUGUGUGAUAUUUGGGUUCAUUUGUUCCAUUAUCAAAGUGUAACUUACUGUCUAGCUAAUUUUUGAGUAGCAGUUUAACAGUAUCAAUUGUCUAAGCAAUUGCAAUUUCAGCAAUUCUAUUUUUUUUUUUUUUUUUUAGGGAUUACCCUUACCCUGAACUGUUCGCCAGUCAAGCCCAAGUCACAGAUAAACAACUAUUUACACCCAUGGACAAUUUAGUCUUCAAUAAACCUGACAUGCAUGUUUUUGGAAUGCUAGUGGAAGUCAAGAGUACCCAGAGAAAACCCACAAAAGCACAGGGAGAACAUGUCAACUACACACAGGCGGGGCCGGGAUUCGAACCCCGGACCUCAGAACUGUGAGGCAGAUGUGCUAACCAGUCGGCCGCCACAGUAGUUUAUUUAUUUAAAUUUUUUUUAACUAUUUACUUUACAAAAUCUGUUUUUGGUACCAUUUUAACAGCGUCAGUCGGCAUAGAAUCAGAAGGUGAUCAUCGGCGGGCCGGAAAACUGACAUCGGACGGCAAGAAAAGUAAUUCCCCUCCAUACCACCAGGUGGCAUAAACACCUUUAGAACAAAAAGGUACAAAAGGUAAAAACACAAUGUCAAUAACAAAUGAAAAGGAACAAUAAACACGAAACCUCUUUUUUCAAAUGAACUGAACUCGCUCUCCAAUUUAAAACUUUUUAACAUAACGCACAUAAAACACUGCGUUUUGGUCACCAGUGCCAAACAAAUGACAGCUAGCUAGGAGCUAAAGUAGCGGUCUAAAUCUUCACUGUGCAACACAAGUAGUUGCAGAUGAUCCCACAGGAAGUGGAAACUUACACAAAUAAAUUCAAAAUUAAUCUUUGAAAGGGAUAUUUCCUUUGAUACCGAAAGGGAAAUAGGCUACUAUGUUUUUCUUCCAAACGUAUGCGAGCGUAACCAGCAAGAGCUAAGCUACAUUCUCUCCAAUGCAACGCUAGUGAUAGCAUGACAUGGUUUGUUUUUCUCUUCGGUACGAACAAGCCUCGGAAGGCCGACAUUCCUUCCUUUUUGGACCACCUUGAAUUCCAACCAAUGUCUCAAAAGUGACUGGCCUGGAAUUUGAAGUGAUUGCUGUCUCAUGUGUCAACGCAAAAUAAAAGUGGUGUUGAUGCAGGAAG